GUUCAUCUCCAUAGUAAUUCAUCUGUGGGACUACUUCCUGAUGGAAGGAUCCUGUUGUGUUCAUCUCCAUAGUAAUUUAUCUGUAGUACUAUUGCAUUUAUUUCCUGGUGUGUGAAUCAUUCCACCUCAGCCUGGGGAGGCAGGCAGCCUUAAGAUGCAUUAACAUAGAAAUCAGAUCCUCUAGCACUGUGUGACUGGCGUAAUGAACAUCACUACUCUGGCUUAGGUACUGAAUUUGCAUUAAUGGUCUGAAGUCAUUCUCAGCAGUCAGAGUGUGUGGAUACAUCCAACUGCAGGAUAAACCCUUUUGAUUGGAUCCCCACAGCUGACUGGCUGGUGUGGUGGAUGCCCUGCUUGUCCCUCACAUAGUCCUGAUUGUGGAGAGCUCUGACCAGGGGGAGGCCUUUAAACGUAACACGCCGGACCAGGGGGGAGGCCUUUUAACCUGACACGCCGGACCAUGGACAGGAAGAGGAAAUGGGUGCUGAGCAGCGGUGCUUUGCUGGUGAUAUUCCUUGGUCACAUGACCACAGCCUUAGAAGUGCCUCUUGACCCUAAGGUUCUGGAAGGAUUACCACAGCCCCCCACUAUAACCCACCAAUCCCCUAAGGAUUUCAUCAUCGACCCUCGGGAGAACAUCCUCAUCUACUGUGAGGCCAAAGGGAAGCCGCAUCCCAGCUUUUCCUGGACACGGAAUGGGACGCAUUUUGACGUGGAGAAGGACUCUAAGGUGUUGAUGAAGCCGAGCUCAGGGACGCUGGUCAUAGACAUCAGUGGGGAGAAGGCUGAGGCCUACGAGGGGGUCUACCAGUGUACCGCACGCAACGAGCGCGGGACCGCUGUUUCCAACAACAUCAUCAUCAGACAGUCCAGGUCCCCCUUGUGGUCGAAGGAGAGGAACGAGGCAAUCAUGGUGCAGGUGGGGGUGUCUCUGGUCCUGCGGUGCCGACCCCCUGCAGGCCUGCCUCCUCCCAUCAUCUUCUGGAUGGACAACAACUUCCAGCGCCUACCUCAGAACACACGUGUGUCCCAGGCGUUAAACGGGGACCUGUACUUCUCUAACGUCCUAUUGGAUGACACCAGGAACGACUACAUCUGUUAUGCCCGCUUCCCCCACACACAGACCAUUCAGCAGAAACAACCCAUCACUGUCAAAGUCCUGGACAACAGUCCAUCGGGGGAGCGGCGACCCACCUUCAUGGCUCCUCUUGGGAAGAGCAGCACCCAGAUGGCCCUGAGAGGAGGGGUUCUGGAGCUGGAGUGUAUCGCUGAAGGACUCCCGACUCCGGAGGUGUCCUGGUAUAAGGAGAGUGGCGACCUUCCUAGCAGCCGGAUGUCCUUCCACAACUUCCAGAAGACGUUGAAGAUCGCAGACGUGAUGGAGGCGGACGCUGGGGACUACCGCUGCACCGCCAAGAACAGCCUAGGCUCCGCCCACCACAUCAUCAAAGUCAACGUCAAAGCGGCUCCGUUCUGGAUCAGUGCCCCCAGGAACCUGAUACUGGCCCCCAUGGAGACGGGCAUCCUCACCUGCAGGGUCAAUGGAGACCCCAAGCCCAAAAUCACAUGGUCCGUCAACGGAGUCCCCAUCGAAAACUCUCCGAAGGACGUGAGUCGGAAGGUGGAGGACGACACAGUGAUUCUGAGCGACGUCCAGACCGGCUCCAGCGCUGUCUACCAGUGCAACGCCUCCAAUGAGUUUGGCUACCUGCUGGCUAAUGCUUUUGUCAAUGUGCUUGCCGAAGCACCAAGGGUGCUGACUCCCCCCAACAAUGUGUACCAGGUCAUCACCAACAAUCCUGCUUUACUGGACUGUGCCUCGUUCGGCUCACCCAUACCAACCAUCACAUGGUUUAAGGACAGCCAGACUAGUAUCCUGAAUAGAGACCCAUAUAUGAUCCAUAAUAACGGUACCUUAGAGAUCAACGUAGCCCAGCCCCUGAACAGUGGCAAGUACACCUGUAUAGCCUCCAACAACCUGGGAACAAAGGAGAACCAUGUCUACCUAGAGGUCAAAGAGCCGACGAGGAUCCUGGCCCAGCCAGAGUACAUGGUGGUCCAGAGGAACAGGAAGGCAGUGUUUGAGUGUAAAGUAAAACACGACCCCACCCUCAUCCCCACCAUGACCUGGCUCAAAGACAACGGAGAGCUGCCUGACGACGAGCGGUUCGUGGUGGACACUGACAGUCUGACCAUCAAAGACGUGACAGAGGGGGACGAGGGAAUCUACACCUGUGUCAUGAACACCACCCUGGACCAGGACUCAGCUAGCGCCAUGCUCACUGUCGUUGAGGCUACUCCAACUCCUGCUAUUGUCUACGAGGAACCGGACCCUCCUACAGACCUGGAGCUGACUGACCAGAGAGAUAGGAGCGUCCAGCUCACCUGGAUACCUGGAGACGAACACAACAGCCCUACACAGAAGUUCCUGGUCCAGUAUGAGGAUCUGCUCCACCAGGCUGGGGUGUGGCACAACCUGACAGAGGUGGAGGGCACCAAGACCACGGCCCACCUGGACCUGUCCCCCUACGUCUACUACUCCUUCAGGGUGCUGGCCAUGAACCAUGUGGGCCACAGCCAGCCCAGCCAGCCCUCCAGGCAGUACAGGACCAACCCUGCAGCUCCAGCUGAGAAUCCAACAGAUGUCCAAGGUGUUGGAACUGAACAUAAUAACUUAGUCAUCUCAUGGAAGGAGCUGACAGGCCUCCAGUCCAACGGGCCAGGACUACAGUACAAGGUGAACUGGAGACAGAAGGAUGUGGAGGAUGACUGGUCUUCUGAGACCGUGGCAAACGCCUCCAAGUAUGUGGUGUCAGGCACGCCCACUUUCGUACCCUACGAGGUCAAAGUUCAGGCGGUGAACGACUAUGGAAACGGACCAGCGCCUGAGACAGUGGUGGGAUACUCUGGAGAGGACGUGCCCAUGUCAGCCCCAGAGAGUGUCCAGGUGCUGGUUCAGAACGGGACGCUAGCAGAGGUUCACUGGGAGCCUGUCCUCACCCCCAUGGUCAGAGGACGGCUACAGGGCUACAAGGUGACCUACUGGCGUGAACGUAGCCUCCACCAGGCAGAGGGACAACAGGGGGAGCAGCAGGUGUUGGCCUUCAGUGGGAACAGGAGUGAGGGCAGACUACCAGGCCUCCAACCAUACAGCCUCUACACACUCAACAUCAGGGUGGUCAACGGCAAGGGAGAGGGGCCCCCCAGCCCCAACCAGAACUUUGAGACCCCAGAGGGAAUCCCCGGUCCUCCUUCCUUCCUGCGUAUAAAGAACCCCAACAUGGACUCUUUGACGCUGGAGUGGGGUCCUCCACAGGACAACAAUGGCCGUCUCACCGGAUACACACUGAAAUACCAGCCAGUCAACAACUCCAAUGAGCUUGGUCCCAUGGAGGAGAUGACGUUCCCAGCCAAUGAGACCACCAUAACCCUGGCCAACCUCAAGUACAGCACCCGCUACAAGUUUUACUUCAACGCUAAGACCAUCAAGGGCUCCGGCCCAACCAUCACAGAGGAGGCUGUCACUAUCAUGGAUGAAGAAGCAAUGAAAAGCAACCAGGUAGACCUAGCCACUCAGGGCUGGUUCAUAGGGCUGAUGUGUGCCAUCGCACUCCUCAUCCUCGUCCUCCUCAUCGUCUGCUUCAUCAAGAGGAACAAGGGAGGGAAAUACCCAGUGAAAGAAAAAGAGGACGCUCACCAAGACCCAGAGAUCCAGCCUAUGAAGGAGGAUGAUGGGACGUUUGGAGAGUACAGUGACACGGAGGACCACAAGCCUCUGAAGGGCAGCCGGACGCCGUCCAACGGCACGGUGAAGAGAGACGACAGUGAUGACAGCCUGGUGGACUAUGGCGAGGGAGGGGACGGCCAGUUCAACGAGGACGGAUCCUUUAUCGGCCAGUACAGCGGCAAGAAGGAGAAAGAUACACACGAGGGCAACGAGAGCUCCGAGGCCCCCUCGCCGGUCAACGCUAUGAACUCCUUUGUCUAGUUAGAUAGAUAGUGACCGAUAGCUGAUGGCGAUGCCAUGACGACCGGCUGCCAUGGAAACCAUCGCAAUGGUGACCUGACCUGUCACCAUGGAGACCAGUCACCAUAAGGACGUGUCACCAUGGAGACUCAUCACCGUGGAGACCUGUCACCGUGGCCACCCGUCACCAUGGCUACUUCUGUCACACCCUGUCAUCUCUCCACAGCCUGCCCGUCCUGCCAACUCCCCACCCCCCAUCACACUGUGACUACUCUCACCACCCUCACUAUCACAUGUUGAGACCAACAAACAACCAAACAGAAGAGACAUGAAAAGAAGAAGAAGAUGAACCUUAGAACCAUUUGAAAAAGUAGAAGGAGGGAUGUAGGAGCCCAGAAACAGAGAGAGAGAUAGAUGGAGAGAUGGAGGACAAGCAGGAAGCGGAGGAAUGUAUUCCAGGAGCAGACUGGGUUGGUUCUCAUCACCCAGACUGGUCCACAAAGAGCUGGAGAGGGCAUGUGUGUGUUAGUGCCAUUCUAUCUUUUGCAAACGUAUAUAUAAUGACAUAUAUAGAUCAUUGUCUUUUUGAAAACAAUUAUACACGUUAGAAUAUAUAUUUUCUCAACAUGCCAUUAUAUACAUUCAUCUGCUUCUGAUUAAUAUACUGCAUGGAAUUAAUGAUAUUCUAAACCAUCACACAUGGAAUCAUUACUAGUGUCUGGCGUGGAAGCAGAGCUUGACGUUGACUGACUGUCGGCGAUGACGCGGUGCUCACCUUAAACUACUGCUUAUGUCUUCUAUCACCUUACCUUUCUAUCUUCAAAAGGGUUCUAGUGGUAUUAUGAUACGGGAAAACAAUGGCAUCAUCAAUGUCUUUGUGGACAUUGCUGUGAAAAGUGUGACUCGGUGUAAAUGCUAUUGUGAUAUGUCUUUUUUGCAAGACAGGAGGUGUUUGUAUGUAUACUGUAAUAGCAGAUCUAUGGACUGGAUGGUCAGGUAUAACACAUUUAUAGUUUGUAACUCUUGAUAAUCAAUUCAGAAUAACUCUGACAGUCCUAGCCGCUCUCCAACGAUCCCACACUCACACAGACGUUGCAGUUUGUCUUCCUUUUGUUUUUCAAUUCUUGUUGUUGUUUAGUUGUUGUUGUUUAGUUGUCUUCCUUUCCACCAGACACAUGGUCUUGUUGCAGUGGCACUACUAUCCAUCAUGGAGAUUGGAACAGACCCAUCGUUCAUAUAGCUUCACCACACACUCAGCUGAGACUGCAUACAGCCUCUCUGAUCAUGGAACAAACAUUGAUCAACAUGUUGCCCUAUUCUAUAACAUGGCCACCACCCAGCAUAGUUCAACAGCAUUGCAUUUCCACUCUCCUGCCUUGUGUGCUGAACAUGCAGUGAGAGAGAGAGAGAGAGAGAGAGAGAGAGAGAGAGAGAGAGAGAGAGAGA